GUCGCGGGCGCACAUCUUGCGCGUGCACACGAUUUGACCAGCAUUGAUUAUCGCACACGGGCGCAUACAGCUGGUUCUUCGACAUCUCAAAAGUGAAUUGCCAUGCCACCCCGGUCGAAGGCCCGACCUGCGGCAGGCGCGGACGAGAGCGAAGACGACCUUCUUGCGACAACCGCGACCAAACGUGCGACCAACACCAAAAUGCCGAAAGCAAAAGCAGCAGCACGACGGCUCAGCGGUACCAAAGCGACGGCCACGAAACGCAAAGCAGCGGCGCGACAACCUCGGGAAGCAUUGAAAGACCGCACCAACCUCCAAGAUGGCAACGAAACAGAAGAAGUGGACGACUUCGAUGCUGAGGAAGCAGCGCCGAAGCCUGCGGUAAAGCGCGCAAAGACAACAGCAACGCGAAAGAAUGGCAAAAGUGAGACCACAGCAGAUGCAAUCAAGAAACCAGCGAAGAAUGCGACGGCUACGAAGCGAGGACGCGGCGCAAAGCGUGCACCUUCGCCAGACCAGAUGAUGACCAUUCCAGAGACUCAACCUGAGCCAGAAUUCGUGGAAGAUGUGGAGCAAUCGAUCGAAGUUGAUCCUGAGAGUAUGGACAUUGACAAAGAGCCUACGCCGCCACCAACGCGUAUUUAUGCGCAACGUGCGCCAUCAGUGCCAGUACAGCCUCUGCUGCCACGACCCAGUGCGCGCGGAGAUCUGCUGCAAGUACGACCGAGUGGGCGCGCAGCUUCAGCACAACCGACAUACCAGCCUGUGCGCUCGCGAUCAGGAAGUGCGUCGGCUCCAGAACGACGAGGCGGUGAUCCAGAGCUUCGCAGACAGCUCAAUGAGAUGACCAAGAAAUACGACAGUCUGCAAUUGAAAUACGAAAGUUUGGAGGAGAUCGGAAAGACCAGCGCAGAAAGCAACUUCGAAAGACUAAAGAGAGCCAGUGAUCAAAAGGCCAAGGAUGCACAGGAUGUCAUAGCAGCGCUCAAGAAGGAGCUCGCUGAAGCAAAGAAAUCGUCUUCUACCGGGUCAUCGGAGACCACAAGUCUGCAGAAAGACGUUGCCUCGUUACAAGCUGCGAAUCAAAAAUUGGAGGCCGAACGUGAUGAGCUGAAGGACAAGGCGAAGCUUGCGGAAAACGAAGUCAAAUCUUUGGAAGCGAAGCUGAACGCAGCACGACAACAAAUAUCGAACACUGCGCAGGAAACGAAGAUCCUCGAAGCGGCGGCGAAGAAGAAUAGCAACAUCUCGAUCAACCAGUCCGAGGCGCAAAAAGUGGCCAAAAUGAAGGAGAAUCUGUACGCGGAUCUGACGGGACUGAUCAUCAGUGGUGUAAGGCGGCACGAAGGAGAAGAUGUCUACAACUGCAUUCAGACUGGCAGGAAUGGGACUCUACAAUUCCAUCUCUCAGUCAGCAACGAUGCCACGACUCCUAAUCCGAAGACUCCUUCCGGCCUCAGCCACGAAGAGGCGGAAUUCGCCUACGAGCCAGUUCUCGAUGAGAGCCGUGACCGUGAACUAUUGGAGCUGCUGCCGGACUAUCUUACCGAAGAGAUAUGCUUUCCCCGCAACCAUGCUCAGCGAUUUUACGGCAAGGUUGUCGAGAGCAUGACCAAGAAGAUCGUCGUCGAGGAUGACUAGUUGCGUUUGCCUAUUAUACCCAAGUGCAGGACAAGGAUGUUGCAAGAGGAACGGAGUGUAUGGUGUUGUCUUGGGAAGCGACAAUCUUGUCAUACAGGAGACAAGUUGCAGGAUUGACUACAGGCCGCUGUUUGGCACUUCCCUUUUGUUACGAGACGAGAUACCUAUGUUACGCGAUCAAGAAGCACUUAUGCUACUAUUGUUGGCAGUCAAAACGCGAUCACAUCCCGGCCCUCGCUUUCCCGAUCUUCCCGAAAGAUGCCA